UACGGGGUCCCGAGCGCAGUCGUUGCCCGGCGGCUCUUAACCGCCCUUUGCUGUUCAGGUCCAGGCAGUGUGGUGAGGACCGUGGUCAGGGAGGAUCUUCUUCCCCGGCGGGGCCGCGGCCAUGGACGAGCAGAGCGUAGAGAGCAUUGCUGAAGUAUUCCGAUGUUUUAUUUGUAUGGAGAAAUUGCGUGAUGCACGCCUCUGUCCUCAUUGCUCCAAGUUGUGCUGUUUCAGUUGUAUUCGGCGUUGGCUGACGGAACAAAGAGCUCAGUGCCCUCAUUGUAGAGCCCCGCUGCAGCUGCGAGAGCUUGUGAACUGUCGUUGGGCAGAAGAGGUCACACAGCAGCUUGAUACACUUCAACUCUGCAAUCUCACAAAGCAUGAAGAAAAUGAGAAAGACAAGUGUGAAAGUCAUCAUGAAAAACUUAGUGUUUUCUGCUGGACCUGUAAGAAGUGUAUCUGUCACCAGUGUGCGCUUUGGGGAGGAAUGCAUGGAGGACAUACUUUUAAGCCACUGGCAGAAAUCUACGAGCAACAUGUCACAAAAGUCAAUGAAGAAGUAGUAAAGCUUAGGAGAAGACUCAUGGAAUUGAUCAGUUUGGUUCAAGAAGUGGAGAGGAAUGUAGAUGCAGUGCGUAGUGCGAAGGACGAACGAGUUCGGGAAAUCAGGAACGCAGUGGAGAUGAUGAUUGCCCGAUUAGACACUCAGCUGAAGAAUAAGCUCAUAACAUUGAUGGGUCAAAAGACAUCACUUACUCAAGAAACUGAACUUCUGGAAUCCCUGCUUCAAGAAGUAGAACAUCAGUUACGAUCGUGCAGUAAGAGUGAGUUGAUCUCCAAAAGUUCAGAGAUCCUGAUGAUGUUCCAGCAGGUUCAUCGGAAGCCUAUGGCCUCAUUUGUUACCACUCCUGUCCCCCCAGACUUCACAAGUGAAUUGGUUCCAGCCUAUGACUCAACUACAUUUGUCUUGGAAAACUUCAGUACAUUGCGCCAGCGAGCAGAUCCUGUGUACAGUCCACCUCUGCAAGUGUCAGGACUUUGCUGGAGAUUAAAAGUUUAUCCAGAUGGAAAUGGUGUGGUACGGGGCUACUACCUGUCUGUGUUCUUGGAGCUGUCCGCUGGAUUGCCAGAGACAUCCAAGUAUGAGUACCGUGUAGAAAUGGUUCACCAGUCCACCAACGAUCCCACCAAAAACAUAAUUCGAGAGUUUGCCUCUGAUUUUGAAGUUGGAGAAUGCUGGGGUUACAACAGAUUCUUUCGUUUGGACUUGCUAGCCAAUGAAGGCUAUUUAAACAGGCAAAAUGACACUGUGAUCCUAAGGUUUCAGGUGCGCUCACCAACCUUCUUCCAAAAGUGCCGAGAUCAACACUGGUACAUUGCUCAGUUAGAAGCUGCUCAGACAAGUUAUAUCCAACAAAUAAAUAACCUUAAAGAAAGGCUUGCCAUUGAACUUUCCCGGACCCAGAAAUCACGAGGCAUUUCACCUCCAGACACUCAUCUGAGUCCCCAGAAUUAUGAUGGUCCAGAAUCGAGAUCAAAGAAAUCUGGACAAAGCACUGAAGCACUGCUUGAGAAUGUUGCUGCUCCAGGAUUAGUGCGCGAUAGCAAGGAAGAGGAGGAAGAGAAGAUCCAGCAUGAAGACUUUAAUCAUGAGCUCUCUGAUGGUGACUUGGAUAUAGAUCUUGCUGGAGAAGAUGAGGUAAACCACCUUGAUGGCAGCAGCUCUUCAGCUAGUUCAACAGCAACUAGUAACACUGAAGAAAAUGAUAUUGAUGAAGAAACUAUGUCUGGAGAAAAUGACGUGGAAUAUAGCAGCAAUAUGGAGUUGGAAGAAGGCGAUCUCAUGGAGGAUGCAGCGGCUGCUGCUAGUCCUGGAGCAUCAGGUACUAGCCACAGCUACAUCAGUGCAAGUGGAAGACCUUCAAGGCGGGGAGGAAGUGCCCUAGGCUCAACAGCCAGUAGCACUUUACUAGAUAUAGAUCCCUUAAUUUUAAUCCACUUGCUGGAUCUGAAAGAUAGAAGUGGAAUGGAAAACCUCUGGGGCCUUCAGCCACGUCCACCUCCCUCUCUUCUGCAGAAUAGAGCAUCAUCCUAUUCUCUAAAAGAUCGAGACCAGCGGAGACACCAGGCGAUGUGGCGCGUGCCCCCUGACUUGAAGAUGCUGAAAAGGCUCAAAACGCAGAUGGCUGAAGUUCGAAGCAAAAUGUCUGAUGUGAAAAACCAGCUGUCAGAAGUGAGAAGCAGCAACCCUGGCUCGUGUGAUGGGCAGCCCACCUUCUUCUCCAUUGAGCAGGGCGCUUUAGCUGCCUGUGGAACGGAAAGCUGCAGCAAGCUGCAAGAAAUAGGAAUGGAGCUACUGACAAAGUCUUCAGUUACCAGUUGUUACAUAAGGAAUUCUGCAAGUAAGAAAAGUAACUCACCCAAGACUAUUCGCUCUGGAGCAGCAGGCAGCCUGUCUUUACGGAGAGCUAUGGACUGUGUGGAUAGCAGUCUUCGCUUAAAGGGAGACAUUCAAACUUCUGAAGGUGGCGUAGGGAGCUCCAAGUUGAGUGGUCGGCACCAUUCUGCCAGGGCCCUGGCUAACAGCAGUGUUCCCGAGUCACUGCCAAAGACAGAGGAGAGGACUUGUGAUGGUUCAGAUUCUGAUAUGGGAGUUUCUGGCUUAAAUGGCUUAGCUGCUGUAGAGAAGACGAGGAAAGUUGGUGCUCUAGGGUCAACUUCUAAAGGGUGUUGUACAGAAGGAGCCCAGUCAGGUGGUCUGGAGAGCAGCUCUGACACGGGUGACCUACAGGCUGUCCUUUCUGAGGGGGCUUCUGCAGGGCCAGAAGAAGAAGGUAAAUUAAAUGUUGUAGAGGGCAAAUGUAGUUUGACAACACACCAGUCUGGGAUGACCCAUUUCUGUAAUAGGCAUGGUUGGAAGGGGAAAGGAAAAGUGGAAGAAAAAAACCCCUCCAUCAAACCCAAAGUGUGUUUUCAUGGCAGUUGACCUUUGCUGUAACAAUUGGCAGUUAUAGUGUGAAUCUGAAUGAGGAGUGAAUAUCUCUGUGUCACCUCUGUCUGGGGAGAAAUGGCAAUGGGACAGUGCAGCAGGCAAAGACUCGGUGCCAUUGCAUGGGGCCAUCUGUUUCUCUGGACUCCUACUUGCUUUUCAUACCUCUUAAUAGGGCUCCAGGUCUUUGCUUUGGUGUUCAGUUGCACGGCCUUGAAAACAAUUUCUUAUCUAAUUAAAAUAGCAGUCAGUGACCUUGGCUUUUAAGCCUGCUGCCGUCAGGGACAACACGUUGGUAACUACCUCCACGUCUGCACUAGAAUCUCUCCAACACUUCAUUCGUGUCGGGUGCUGUGGUACGUAAGCCAGUUUCCUUAGAGACUUGGAGGAAACUUUUCCCCCUCCCUUCCUGCAUCCUUUCCAUGCUGGAAAAAAUAUUAUUGCAUUUUUUUUCUUUUUUGAAAGUCCACACAGGAGAGUUUUUCUUAUCUUGCUAAAACUCUGCUGCCUUCCACCCCUGCACUAAUUUGAAUUUCAAUGACUGAAUUGUAGCGCAAAGCCUAUAUUAAGGUGCCAGCAUCCAUCUCUAGCUGCAGUGUGCAAUAUUGUGUAGGAGUUGGCAUUUACAGAAGGUCUCUCAGUGACAAAACUGAAUUUCUGCUCUUAGUCACUGCAGUGUGAUCGUGAUGCGCUCCCGCAGCUCUGCUAUUAUAGCAGAGAACCUAAUAGGAAAAUGUUUUAAGAACUGAAAUACUUCAUUGUUAAAAACCCCAGGAAACAAACUUUACUUUUUUUUUUAUUUCCUUUCAGAGGAGAAACUACGGUAGAGCUGGUAUCUCAAUUCACUUUACUUGCUUUUUCUUAGCAAUGAGUAUCAACUCUUAAGAAGUGAAAGAGCAGAGCAAACCCCUUCCAUCUCCCACCAAACUGCAAAAAGGAGCAUGUUCACCUCUGCCAGUGCCUGCUCAAUGUUUGGCAAAACAAAAGAAACCACCUUGAUUAUUAACUACUGUGGUUCUUUUUGUAGGGAAACCAGGGUUUUUUUCUGCCUGAGACUUGAGCAGACUAUUGCUGCUUGAAAGGUGUGGUGUGUGGGUACACCUGCUCCAUGGGUCAUGCUACCUCUGAACUGUUAAAGACCUGCUCUAGUGGAAGGUGUUCCUG